UGCGGCGCGGGCGGCGCUGCGGCUCCGGGGCUGUCUCCGCGCGGGCAGCCGAGGCGCGCCGAGUCCCAUCGAACUGAGCGGAGCGCAGCCGAGUGCAGCCCAGCCGAAUCCAAUCGAACUGAGCCGAGCCGAGUCUAGCCGAGCCGAACCGCCCCGAACUCAGCCGCCCCGCCCCGAGCCCCUGGUGCCCGCGGCCGGCGGGGCGGGAUGCGGUAGCGCCGAUGGAGGUGCAGCUGGGCGCGGGGCGCGCCUUUCCGCGGGCGGCCGACGGCGGCCUCCGCGGGGCGUUCCACAGCCUCUUCCAGAGCGUCUGCGAGGCGUUCCAAGCGCCGCCGCCCCCUGAGCCCGCGGGGCCGGCGUUCGCGGUCGAGCCGCCGCCCGAGGAGCCGCCCGAGGAGGCGCUGGGCGAGAGCGCCCGGCAGCUGUGCCGCGCCGUGUCCGCCUCCAUGGGGCUGGAGGCGCCCGAGGAGCCGCCGCGCCGCGACUGCCUGUUCGCCGCCGAGCCGCCCGCGCGCGUCAAGCUGGAGGGCGCGGGGCCGGCGCCGCCGGGAUGGGGCGCCCCGUGCCGCUUCGGCCCCGACAGCCCCGGCCCCGCGCCGCCCUGGGCCGCCGCCUUCCCGCAGGAUGGGCCGUGCGGGCGCUGCCCCGCGCCGCCCGCCGAGCCGCCCGCCUGCCCCGCCUGGGCGCCGCCCGCCGCCUGCGUGAAGAGCGAGAUGGAACCCUACGGAGACCUGCGGUUGGACCCUGGCCAUGAACACAUUUUGCCCAUUGACUAUUACUUUCCACCUCAGAAGACUUGCCUGAUCUGUGGAGAUGAAGCAUCUGGGUGCCACUAUGGAGCCCUCACUUGUGGUAGCUGCAAAGUCUUCUUCAAGCGGGCGGCUGAAGGUAAACAGAAAUACCUCUGUGCCAGCCGGAAUGACUGCACUAUUGACAAGUUCAGAAGGAAAAACUGCCCAUCCUGCCGCCUGCGGAAGUGCUACGAAGCUGGGAUGACUCUUGGAGCCCGUAAGCUGAAGAAGCUGGGCAACUUGAAGACACAAGAUGACAUGGAGGCAGCCAGCUCAUCCAGCCCCACCGAGGAGCAGGCUCCAAAGAUGGUGAUCACACAUAUUGAUGGGUAUGAGUGCCAGCCUAUCUUUCUCAAUGUCCUGGAGGCCAUUGAGCCUGGCAUGGUGUGUGCCGGCCAUGACAACAGCCAGCCGGACUCCUUUUCUAACCUGCUGACCAGCCUGAAUGAGCUUGGGGAGAGGCAGCUCGUCUACGUGGUCAAAUGGGCAAAGGCCUUGCCAGGAUUUCGCAACCUGCAUGUAGAAGACCAGAUGUCCAUAAUCCAGUACUCUUGGAUGGGCCUGAUGGUUUUUGCUAUGGGCUGGAGAUCUUUCACCAACGUCAACUCCAGGAUGCUUUACUUUGCUCCUGAUUUGGUCUUCAAUGAGUACCGGAUGCACAAAUCCAGAAUGUACAGCCAGUGUGUCAGGAUGCGGCACCUCUCUCAGGAGUUUGGGUGGCUUCAAAUCACUCCCCAGGAGUUUCUCUGCAUGAAGGCUCUACUCUUCUUCAGUAUUAUUCCAGUGGAUGGCCUGAAGAACCAGAAGCUCUUUGAUGAACUUCGAAUGAAUUACAUUAAGGAACUUGACCGUAUCAUCGCUUGCAAGAGGAAGAACCCCACCUCCUGCUCUCGACGAUUUUACCAGCUCACUAAGGUCCUGGACUCCGUGCAUCCGAUUGCCAAGGAUCUGCAUCAGUUUACGUUUGACCUCUUAAUUAAGGCACAUAUGGUGAGCGUGGACUACCCUGAAAUGAUGGCUGAGAUCAUCUCUGUGCAGGUCCCCAAGAUCCUGUCUGGAAAAGUCAAGCCUAUCUACUUCCACGCACAGUGAUCUGCCGGAGAGACCGCCCAGUUCUGCCACCCCCAUUUCAGCCAUCUCCUGCCUGUUAUCUGUGCACUAGUGCGCUGCAGUGCCUUGGGGAAUCUCCUCUGCAGAGGGGGUGUGCUAAGAAGAUGAACAGUAAUGAUGAAUAUCUGCUGGGGUUCCUGAGAUUUCUGUUUUUCCUGCAGUACCUCCAAACCUAACUAUUGCCUCUGCCUCAAUAUGGCUGGUUCACUGGGCUGGGACGGUGGAUGGUUGCAUGAGGGCAGUGGCAUCAGGUUUGUGCUCUCUCACUUGUGUUUUUCAACAGUGACUUUUAGUGGCCCAGGGCCAUGGGAGAUGGGGAGAAAUGCCAGCAGCUGUUGGGUUUGAGUUUCUUUUUAAAACCAGCACAAGACAAGAAGCGGGUUGAGCCUCUGCGCUUUGCUGUGGGUUAGGUACCUGGCCUCCUUUGGGACUUUUUAUUUGCAUCACAGUGCUGGGAAGCUGAUGAGUUAAAACACUGCAGCAGACAAACAGUGAAGAGUUGGGGGCCAAGAUGAAUUUGCAGGCUGAUGCUUUUACAGGACCUGCUGCUGGGUGAGAAAGCUGCCAUACAUAGGGCAUGGAGUGUUACGGGGCUGCCAGCAAAAGAACUGGAGGGCACGGUGACCUUCAGAAAUCCGCAAAGGUGGUGGCUGCUGUUUUCUACCUGGGAUGUUUUCCUGUAGAGAGUUCAGCAGGAUCUUGGUCUGCCCUGCAGACACCUGGGUGCUCAGACGUGACAUUUUCAUCCUUGACAGCUGCUGUUCCUCCAACACAGCCGUACCCACCUCCUCAAGUGCCUGAUGUCCUUGGUCCUCUUGCUCUCCACUCCUCCCGUGGGCACCCGCAGCCUCUGCCCAGCCUCUUGCCAGCUUUGCUCCCACUGAGCAUCCGCAAGCCCUGCAUUUCCAGCUACGCAACUUCUUUGCCAUUUGUCCCAGCUGUACUUUCCAAUGCUAGCAGAUGAGUGCCCCGGGAGUGCAGCAAUGUGCCAGGCUCUGCAGGACCUGCGAGGCCGCAGCACGCUUGCCAUUAAUUCUGGCCUUUGGGAGGUGACUGUGGGAACUGGCUGUGCCGCAGCACUCCAGGGACUUGGAACGGAAAUGCUGGAGACCUUAUGCGGUUCCCAGUGUUGCAGAUGGCUCCUGCUAAUUGCAGUGACUGAUUGUAGCCCGGGGGGAAACACCGCCUCUCGUGCAUCAUCGCACGUGUGCCAUUCUACGUGCACCGUCCCACACGUGCUGUCCCACGCCCACUGCCUGUCCUGAGCAGCUCCAGGUGUCACGGCGGUGGCACAGCCUGUGCCCAGGCUGAUCUGUGAGGACGGAUCAACAUGCCCUGGCUAACAUGGACAUUCAGUCCCCAACCAGCAAACAGCAGCAGUGCAUGGGGCUGCAGCUGCUGGUGACUCCCAGCAGUCAGAAACCUCUGGGAAAAGCAGGAUGUUUUUUCAGGCAGUUUAUACCUCAAGUUCAGGAAGAAACGCAGGCCCACCUGACGUAUAUUCAGAUUUAUUUAUUUGGUGGGCUCUGCUUCCCACAAAGUGGCCAAGCCUGUGUUCCAUGUGGCAUUUUGGUUCCCCACUUCCCACACAGCCAUGAGCCCACGAAAACCGCCCAGUCAGACCUGGCAAGCACGGUGCAUACGGGCUCUUGCCAGGAUAAUGCUCCUUACUGGGGACUGUGGCACAGUCUGGCUUCACCAAUACAGACACUGGCAAAGAGUACAUGUGCUGAUGCAUGCGAACGGCAGGUACUGCCCUAUCACACGUGGUGUGCUGGGUUCUCACUGCUGCGGUGCGGACCAGAGCUGGGGCGGUGCCUGCCCACAGCACAGAUAAGAUCCUUCAGCACAGAGACUCCACAGGUGUGAAGCAAGUGCCAGAGUCGGGAGAGGUGAACCAGAUGAGACACAUGCAACCCUGCCUCACAUCACCGUCUCGUGUUUGUCACCUGCCUUCAAAAGAGCAGAGAGGGAGGUUUAGUCUGAUCGCUGCCUCGUACAUGUCAUGCAGAAAUGGUGUGAAUGCCGCUGCUCGGACUGGCCACGACUCAGCAGCACGGUCAGCUCUGCUGGCAGAUGUCCUCAUGGUUCUCAGCAAACUCUCAGCAAGGAAAAACACUUUGUUUUCCUGAUACUUUGCAGUCAUGCUAUGGGAUUUUCACUAAGGGAAGGAGUAGGGGGAAAAGCCCAGAACUCUUGAAGGGGAGGAUCUCUUGUUACAGUAAUUAGUACUGGAUUUUCCUCCCCUGCAGGUAUGACUCUGAUCUUGCUGUUCCUCCUGAAAUCCCUCUGUGUAGGCAGUGUCAGAAUCCAGAGGUAUUCCUGAAUGCCAGCCAACAGGCUGGUGUUCUCAAUAGCUUUUCCUGUUUCAGAGGGCUUUGAGCAUUGUAAAUGCUGAUAUGAUCUUCUGAUGUUGGCAAAUAAGCCUGUACAAGAAUCCUGCGACCAGGCUCCUCUCUUCUGGAACAUUUCCCGGCUGUCAGCAGACGAAUGCGCUGAAGAACUGGGCUUGUGAUUCCCUGAUAUCUGUGGUUGCCAGAGGAUGUUUGUGAGCGCACUGAGUAGCUUCUUCAGAGAACUUUGUGUUCUGUCUGCAAAGUUUUCAUGAGUUACUGCUAGGUCGUUUUCUGCCAGGAGAUGGGGAGGAAAGCAAACCCAGCAGGGAUGUGCAUGCACUGCUUUGCUGCUGGAAGCACAGUGCAAAGGAGCAAUGAUUUGGAAGGGGAUGCUGCUGGUGUGUUACCUGCCAGAUGCGUACAGCUCCCGCAUGCACAGCCUCUCCCAGUGUGGAUGCAUUCGGAAGGGAGCAGGAGCUCAUGGGGAGUCCCGAUGGGGCAGGGGAGCCAUCUGGCUGCCACUGCCAACAGGUCCCCCGAGCCCCUCUGUGUGAUCAGGCGCUGGUGUUCUGUUCUAUCUCUUCAGCACAAAACUAAGCUCUGCGGUGUUAUAUUAAAAAAUUGGAUUUAAAUGUCAUUGUGAGAGGGAUGAUGGAGGAGGUGGGAGCCCGGAUCCCUGGCCCCUGCAGGGCUGCUGGGAGAGCUGACACUGUUCCCUGUUCAUUCUCAUGGGCUGCUGCAGGAAUUGGAGCAUAGGAGACCCUUCAGAAAUACCAAAGUUUGGGUCCUGCCAGACAGCUUUGACCUUUGUGUUUUCUUCUGCAUUUUCUUCUCUGCUUUUGCUUUAAUUAAUCGAGAAGAAUUUCCCCAUCUUCACCAGCAGUCCCUGAGCUUGCCUCGGGCCAAUAGAGCCCUGGGAGAGGGACCCCUCAGCAUUACUGCCUUGCGGAGCUGGGGCACAGACCGCUUCCACAUCCCCCUUUGGUCCCACAGCUCUGGUUUCUCUGGGAUGUGCAGGCAUUUGUGCUGGCUCGAUCUGGGUCAUGGCCCAGGCCAUCAGCUCCCCUGCAGGCAGCAGGUGGGAGACAAGGAAACACACAUUGGCAUCUGCUGGGGAGCAGCUUUUUUGCGUGGAAGAGUACAGUUUCAUGAGAUAAAGGGUGCGAGCUGAUGGUGCCCUUAGUGCAGGAGGAACUCUUCCUCAGUCCCAUGUAAUGCCAGAAGAAGAGGCCCUGCUGGGGUGGUGCAGUUGUGUGCCCGGGCAGGCAGCGUCCUGGACAACUGCAGACCCUCGCCCAGCUUCACCCACCUGGCUACUGCCGGCACCACCGCGGUCAGCAGGAGCUUUACUUGGCAAGUGUAAGAGCUCGGGUAGUGCCUCUCUGCUUGGAAAGACACUGCAGAUGUUUUGGAGAGCCUGAUGGCACCUGACCACUGCUCACAAAGCCCUUUGUUCUUGUCUUCAGGAGAGACGUAGCUCAUUGAAUGUGCCCAUUCCCCUCUUGUUGCCCUGGGCUGGGCAGUGCUGGUAGGGUUGUUGCCACGGCCCAUCGGGAUGCUGAGGUGGUACCUGGGGUGCUGCCGGCAGCACGGGCUGCCGAGCUCCCUGCAGCUCCGCACGCUGAGCUCUCUCCCUAGAUCUUUCAAUCAUGUAACACGUUAAACACACACAUAUAUACAUUAAAGUAAAGGCACCCCUGUUUUUUAUCACUGAGGAUAACUAUUUACUGUAAUGCCCUAAGAGUUCCUUUUCUGAGUGCACACUGAUUACAAUGAAAUAUUCUUCAGGAGAUGAAUCACUAUGUGCCAGUAUUAAUGGAAACUUUGAAUUUAAUCAUUUUUUUCUGGUUAGGUACUGCCCAGUUUUCAAAGGUCUGUCUUUCAUGGCAUGAAUGGAGCGUACACUGGCAUAGCCUGGUGGCAGUGUCUGCUUCUCCAGCUUUCUUGUAGCUGUUUCUGGUUAGACAGGGAUAUUAUUUGCAUUUGGGGGAUGGUGGAGCAUCCUUUAUUUCUGCCCACUUUGACUGCACAAAGUGUCCUUGCACUUCAGGGCAGAAUCCUGAAAUUACAGAGUGGAAGCUAUUUUCUAACUGUUUCAAGGUAGGCUUUUAGAGGCACAGAAUGCUUUCUAGUACCAUAACAACUGGCCAAGUUGUGGUCUGCAUUAUCAUAUCCUGUGACAGAGACCUGGGAGCUGGCACUGAGUCUCUGUGCUGCAUGGCUGGGACUGGGGGUGCUGCUCCAGGGCACUGGGGGUGGAUGCUUGCUGCGAGCUCCGGGCAUGGUGAGCAGCCUGUUGUGGAGGACAGCGUGGAUGCGGGGGGAAUGGCACAGGCUGCAGUCCUGCCUCUGCUUGCUCACCUGCUCCCAGGCGGCACAGAGGGACUUAUCCUCCUUUCCUUUUAAAAUGGCAGGGGAUCCUGCCCUUGUGAGUCAGAGUAUCUGCACCACACAUAAAACCACAGCACAUUUGUAGUAAGCUGCUCUCUGUGCCAAGUAUUUUGUGUUCUGUGGCGAUUUAAUGCUGGUUUUAUUUGUUAACAUGUCUCUGUAAUAGAAGGAGUUCUUUGUAUUGAUAUAUUUUCUAUGUAAUAAGCCAAAAAGCUCAUUGCUGGUGCCUUUUUGCCUGGGGAGGACUGCCAGUGUAUUCAUGGAGAUAGCAGAGUGUGGUGUUUGCAGCUGCUUGUUUCACCGUAGCUGAGUAAAGUCAUGGAAAAGCCAUGCGACUGCUGAAAGAGCCUGCAGCCUAUGAGGUGGGCAGAGGGAUCUUCAUGUACCACAGCGUGGUGUUUCCCUAGGCCUGGUUCCAAGGUGCACGGUUCCAGGGCGAGGGCUGAGCUUUCUGCUUCCUGUGUGUGACACAGGAAAGGCUUUGUGCUGCCUCGCUGGGGCUUUGCUGCUAUGUUGCGAUAGUUUAUCCUCUGCAAGAUGUGCAGUGAUGGUGACGCAUACACAAAUCAUUUUAGUGGGGUUCAGCUGAAUUACGGUUACAAUCCUGUAGUCUUUUUUCAGGCGCCUUUCAGAAAUGGCAGUCUUUUGCUUAAAUUGACAGUAUCCAAGGCCACGUUGUGCUCCUAGCGAAGGACAUGAGUUGGAUGGUCACCAGCACUUUUUUUUUUAAUAAUUGGAAAUAUAUCUGGCCCUGAAUAAGGAAAACAGAGACCUACAAUGUUACAAUGCCAUUGAGACUGGAGAGCCGCAAUGCCCGCUGCCCUGGGCAGCGAGAUGCAGUGGAGGAUGCCCAGAAGAUUACUGUCACGCACAAGUCACCUUAUGGGACUGAAGGACAUUUACACUUGUAACUGACAAGAGGAGCCAGUCUGGCACCCAGAUUCAAGGCAAACCAAUCACACUGCGCUAGGUGAAAUGGAACUGCUCACUCUUUGACUGUUUGGGUACCCACUCGGGUCCCCCGCCAGCCUUCAGCCUGCACUCUCAGCAGGACAGAGCCUCACGCUUGGUGUUCAGCAGUUUUUGUAACCUUACAGUCUGUUGUUGUUCUCAGUACAAUAAAGGCAGAAUCUUGUUUGUUGGAACACUGCUCUGUGCGUGUAUUUGGCUUUUGUUAUGGUUACAUGCACGGAAGCCACUCUCCGGCAUGGCGAAAGUCAGCUUUCGGGGAUGCCAGCAGUUGGUGGGCCAUUUCCCAGUGGAUGGGGCUGCGUUGGGUUGUUCCUAGGCUGUUUCUCAGUCAGAUUUUGCUAUUAAUAACGUCUGAACUGUUAAUUCAUUUAAAUAUAAUUGACUAAUCCUUUCAUAUAAGCCUCUUCGGGUCUUUUAAUUUGAAUUUAAUUUGGUUAAUGUAUUUCUCAAGCAAGGAACUAAUAAAG